UAUCUUUACAAAAGACUAAAAGACUGGAUAACCAUGACUGGACAAGCCCUCGACUCGAACUAUCAUUCAACGGCCACAGGAACGAAGCUACAUUAUUUGCAAACUGGAAAUGCAACGGGGCAAUUGAUUCUAUGUCUCCAUGGACUGGGUGGUUCAAGCGAUACCUUUCUUCCACUUCUGCCGCAUCUCCCAGCCAAGGACAACAUUGUUCUCGUCGAUUUCCAGGGUUUUGGGAAAACACCUCUGACAAAAUCGCCGAAUAUUGUCACGGUUGCUAAUCAUGUCGCCGACGUGGGCGACCUCAUCACGGCUUUACAACGGAAUUCGACCUCGAAAAACAAAUCAAUCUUCAUCAUCGGUCACUCCCUGGGCGCCAUCGUUGCUUUGCAGUAUGCUGCGCUGCACCCCGAAGUCAUCAAUGGCCUCACGCUACUCGGGGCCGGUCGGUCAGCAGCAAGAAUACCCGCAGCACGAGAGCGCAUGCUCGACCUCGCAGCCUCGGUGAGAUCAAAAGGAAUUGCAUUUGCGGCGGAGCUCGCGACGAAAUCGAACUUCUACGAAUCGACACCUGAACGUACGGCAACUUUAGAAGCUCGAGAAGCGGUGAAGAACGCAGUGCUUGCUGCUGACCCCGAGGCAUAUGCAAGGACAUGCGAGGCAAUCGUUGACUGGGAACACAAGGACCCUGAGUAUAAGAAGAUUGUAUCACCUGCACUAUUCAUCGCAGGGGAUAAGGAUAUGAUCAGCCCAGUGGAGAGAUCACGAGAUCUCAGUGCAUUAUUGGGUGGGAAGAGCUGUGUGGAGGUGGUGAAAAGCGGGCAUCAGCCUAUUCUUGAAGAUACGGCAGGUGUCGCAGAAGCGAUCAAUAAAUUUCUUAGGUGUGCGAAAGAAGAGUAG